AAUAAAGAAAUUGGAAAGGCAAUGGAGCGCAAUUCAAUUCAAAUACCAUCUGCUUCAGUGUCGCCACUGUAUCGUCGUCACCACCACUGAGCUUGAUUGUUGAACAUCAAUGGCGGACAAUAAAGACCUAUUCGCUUCCGUUGUCUCAGACAUAAAGACCUACACUGGCAAAGACCCUCUUCUUCCUUGGAUUCGAGGGAUCCGAAAGUUGAAGGAUUUACUUCCAACUGAACGUCUAAACGAGAAACUUCCUCGUUUUCUUCAGAAAUGCACUCAGACCUUCGAGUCCGAUCGCCGUUACCGGAACGACAUACGUUACCUUCGCGUUUGGUUGCAGUUGAUGGAUUUUGUGGAUGAUCCAAGAACGCUUUUGGGGGCCAUGGAGUCGAAGCAUAUUGGGACAAAGCAUUCUCUGUUCUACCAAGCAUAUGCUCUUUACUAUGAGAAGAGCAAGAAUUUUGAGGAGGCUGAGAAGAUGUACCAUGUAGGAGUUCAGAACCUUGCAGAGCCUGUUGAUGAGUUACAAAAAUCUUAUGAGCAAUUCCUUUGUCGCCUGAAGAGACACAACAACAAAAUAACCAAGCGCAAGGAAAAAUCUACAAAAGAGUACUUGUCUGGGAGGGGUGCCCCUCUCAGUGGCAAUGAGACUGAAGUAAAGAAUCAAAUGCCUCAUGAGAAUGAUGGUAGAACAAAGAAAAUAACAGAGGGAAGUUCUCAGCAACUGAAGACAUUAACUGAUGCUGAUAGUAAGGAUCUCCAUGGACCUAGAAAUAAGCAGCAAGCACCUGCUGAAAAAGAGUUGGGUAAAUCCAAUAUGUUUUGUGGUGAUGAUACAAUUGUGGCGAAGUUUGUAGGUACUGCAAUUGUUGGAAAAUCUGAAGCAGAAGAUGUUUGUCAUCAUGGGUUGGUUGAGCCUACAAUAAAUAUGAAAGAAGCAAUGAAUGCCAUAAACAGUAUGUUUAGUGAACCUCUGGAGACUGCUCCAGUUGGUAGAUCAUGCAAAAGACUACCGAAUAAUGAUGUCAAUCGAAACAAUGAAUUCCCUAUAUUUAUUGAUGAAAGCUUGGAUAAUGGAGUCAAAUUAGCAGACCAAAGGGAAGAAAACAGUAGUAGAAAUGAAAAUUUCAAUCUUCAUCAGGAACCUUUCAGUAUUUUUAUUGAUGAUGAUGAUGAUGAAAAUCCCGCGGAAGAUAAUUUGGAUCGGAAUAAUUUUUGCAAUUCUAGAGAAGAUAAUGGAUCUGCUUCAUGUGCAAAUGUAUUUGUGUUUCCAACUCCAAAGGAUCACCAAUCAGAAGGUUCUGAUGAUAUGGAUGUAGAAGACUCACAUCGACCAAGGUUUAGAGAGGAUACAGUUGUUUGUCGGUUUGUUGGUUCUGCUAUUUUGGAUGAACCAGAGGUGGAAAAUGCCUGUCACCAUGGCUUGGUUGACCCCACAAUCAACUUGAAGGAGGCCAUGGAUGAUAUCAAUAACAUGUUUGGGAAGCCCAUGGAUUUUGUGAGGACAAGGAGAUCAAUAAAACAGGACAAAACUCCUAAAUCAAUGAAUGACUUUGGUGGCUUUUCAAUUCUUCCUGAUGAAGACUUGAAAAAUGAACCCCCAAUUAAGCAAAUGCCUAAGUUAUCGGGAAAGCCAAGAGGUUUUGACUUGUUUGAGCCUACUAUGGUUACCAAGGAGGCUCUGGAUGAUAUUAACAAGAUGUUUGGAAUGCCUUUGGACUAGUAAGGUCUAUGAAUUAUGAAAUCUGUUGUUGUAAGAAUUUGAUAGCGUGUAAUGGCGCAGUCUUUAAAUGUGAAAACUUGAGUGAUUUUUUUGUCUA